AUGCUUCUUGCAGUAGCUGCCACUAUUUUCAUCGGUAAGUCCUCGAACAAAUCAAUCAAUUUGUUUGCUUCCAAAUUUUUGUUUGUUUUGGUUUUCAACAUCUCAACUCCUACAAAUCCUAAUCUGUGUGAUCCAAGAGGCACUAUGCAAUGCGAAAACUACCAGACGUGCUGUUCAUUUUCUGAUGGAAGAUACGGUUGCUGUCCUUUUACUGCUGCCAAUUGUUGCCCUGAUUUGAACUCAUGCUGUCCAGCUGGAUUUCGAUGUGGCAAUGAAUCCUGUAUACGAUGUGGCAAUGAAUCCUGUAUAAGAAUGUAA